AUGGCCAAACGCAAACUGAACGAGCACGAUGUGCCAGAGGAGACGUCUGGAGACGAAUCGCAAUCCGAAGUCAGCAGCUCGCCCCGACCCGCGCAAUCGACCAUGACCGCGACAGCGACACCCACGACAUUGACGAGUAAGAAGGCUUCAAGAGAAGCCGCCAACAACAAACCUGUUCCCGUAUCUUUCGCCGAACUUCACCUUGAGCCGCGCCUGCUGAGGGCGAUUCGCGAUCUCAAAUGGGCAUCACCGACCGAUAUACAAUCCAAGGCUAUACCACUGGCUCUAGAGGGUCGCGAUAUUCUCGCUCGAUCAGGCACUGGUACCGGCAAGACGGCUGCCUACCUACUUCCGAUCUUACACAAGACGCUCCAGCGAAAGCAGACGUCUCUUAUCCUGGCACCCACCAGGGAGCUGUGCUUACAGAUUGCGACAGUCGCCAAAUCGCUCUCACAGCAUUGUGGACAGGAAAUCAGGGUACGAAACAUCGCAGGCAAGGAAUCGGAGGUUGUCACAAAGGCCGCGUUGGCGGACAAGCCUGAGGUUGUCGUGGCUACGCCUGCGAGGGCAUGGGCGAACAUCAACAGCUCGAAUUUAGCCAUUAGCGAUCUCGGAACAUUGGUUGUAGACGAGGGUGACCUUAUCAACGGCUAUGGCUUCUCUGAAGACAUGGAGAAUAUUGCUCGUGAGAUGCCUGCUGGCGUACAAAAGAUCGUCCUUUCAGCAACCCUCUCGACCGACGUCGAAUCGCUCGGCUCCUUGCUCUGCACCAACCCCGUCGUACUCAAGCUUGCGGACCUUGACAAGGACUCCAACAAGGUCAAGCAAUACGUUUUGAAGGUGGGAGAGGAUGAGAAAUUCCUCCUCAUCUACGCCAUGUUCAAGCUUCAAUUGAUCAAAGGGAAAACAAUCGUAUUCGUCGGGGAUGUGGACCGGUCAUAUCGCGUCAAGCUCUUUCUUGAACAAUUCGGAAUCAAGAGCUGUGUCCUCAACUCUGAAUUACCAUUAGCGUCUCGAACUCACAUCGUUGAGUGCUUCAACAGGAACGAGUACAACAUCCUCAUCGCGAGCGAUGAGACUGACGUCGUAGGUGUACAGGACAGCGAGACACGACCGAAGAAGAAGAAGGCGAAGAAGGACAGCAACGACUCUGGCGUUUCUCGUGGAAUUGAUUUCCUCAACGUUUCCUGCGUACUCAAUUUUGACUUUCCCGGUACAUACAAGUCUUACUUCCAUCGGAUAGGAAGGACAGCACGAGCUGGAAAGUCCGGGACUGCCAUCUCCUUCAUCAUUCCAAAAGACCAGUACAGAAAACAUAAACCAACCACAUUUGCCGGAUGCGAGCACGACGAGGAGGUUCUCAAGAAGGUUGAAAAGCACCAACAAGAGGGCCAGAAGUUGGAGAACUACAAUUUCGAUAUGAAGCGACUGGAGCCCUUCAGGUAUCGAUUCAGCGACGCACUACGGUCGGUCACUCGAAUCGCCAUCCGUGAAGCUCGUAUCAAAGAGAUCCACAUGGAGCUAGCAAAGUCGCAAAAGCUCUCCCGAUACUUUGAAGAGAACCCUGAAGCGCUCGCGCACCUCCGCCACGAUCAAACCCUCAACCACCCAGCCAGAAUCCAACCGCAUCUCAAACAUGUCCCCGACUACCUGCUUCCCGGCGGCAAGAAACCAGAAGACGUGGGCUUCGUCGGCCUGAAUAUACCAAAACCCAACAGGAGGACUUAUGUCAAGGGCAGGGGCAGGAAGGUUGUCCGGAGAAAUGGAAAGGUCGAUCCGUUGAAGACGUUCAAUGCAAGAGGCAAGGGCAAGAAAUGA